CAAAUAUUGAAGCAGAAGUAGUCAACCCUUUUAUCAUUCCCUUUCUAUUUUCUUUUUUCUCUCCUAACUUUUUCACUCCGACCAUAUAUACUUCUUCAUUCAUAUAUUAUUCCAAUCUUAUUAAAUCCAAAAAAAAAAAAUGAUGGAAAGUAGUAAAAAUACUACUUCUAAUAAUAAUAAUAAUAAUAAUAAUGGUGUUCGACAAUAUGUAAGAUCCAAAGUUCCUCGGUUGAGAUGGACUCCUGAUCUUCAUCGUUGCUUCGUUCAUGCCAUUGAACGUCUUGGUGGCCAACAAAAGGCAACACCAAAGCUUGUUCUACAGUUAAUGGAUGUAAGAGGGCUUACAAUUUCUCAUGUGAAAAGUCAUCUCCAGAUGUAUAGAAGCAUGAAGACUGAUCAUUUUAGUAGACAAGGAGACAAGGGGUUCACCCAGCAAAGGAAACAAGCUUUUGAGAAUCAUGAUAAUAAGAAUGGAAGUACUUGUUGUAAUUAUAUUAUUGAGCAAGGGAAACAAGAUGUGGGGUUGCAUCAUCUAUCUUCCUCAAAUCUUACUAAUCAUGUUUUUCAAGAUCAACCAACAUUUUCUCAUGCAUUCCUUCCUUCUAAAAGGCCAAGAUUGGAGGAAAGGCAUAAUAAAAGUAGUAGUAGCAACAUGAUGAUGAUGAUGAGAAUUACUCCAAAUAUGUGUUUGAGUAUGAGUGAGGAAGAAGAAGAAGAGGAAGAAAGGAUAAGAAAAAAUCCAAAAAAGUACACAUCUUAUUGCUUGGUUGAUGAUGAUUACAAAAGUCAGAAGGAGUCAAUUUAUAAUAAUUCAAAGGGUGAGACAAAAAUAGGAGGAAUCAUUCCAUUAAAUCAGAAUUACAGACAACAAGAUCAACAUUUUGAACAUCAAAAUCUCAAUAUUAUCAGAUGGCACCAACACCAACACCAACAAUACUCUCUGUCUCAUCAUCAUCUUCUUCCACUUCAUCCUCAUCAUUCUCAUCUCCUUCCCUUCAAGAAAACCACAGCAGAACAUGAUCAGCAAACUGCCCAAAAUGAAGAACAAUACAAUUACAAGCAUCAAAACUCACAGACAUUAUUCCCUUCUGGGAAUCGAACCGAAUUCGAGAUCGAACAAAACCAAAUCGACGUAGACUCAGCAGCAGCUACACAAACAGAUGAUAAUGAAUGUAGCUUAUCUUUAUCUCUCGCCUUACAACGACAGGCGAAAUCGGCAUUGUUAGUCCAAAGGAGCACCAAUUAUUCAUCUACUAAUGUUAGUGAGAUUAGUGAUAAUCAGGCAAUUAGUUCAUACUCAUCUUCUUCUGCUUGGGAUGAUCGUCUUAAUCUUGAUCUAUCCAUUUCUCUUUGUGGUACUUAAUUAAUCAUGUUUAAUUUUUCAACUUUUUGAAAGCAAUUUGACAGGUUAUUUAAUUUUCUCUAGGAUUAUAAUAUUAUGUAUUUGUAUAAAAAUUAUUAGCAAUUGAAGUUUAAUUAUUAUAUGAUCU